AUGUCCCAUAAUGGAAGAGAGGUCAAUAAGGUGUAUGGCCAGGACUUCAUCAUCGACCAACGGUUUAAGAUCGUUAAGGAGAUUGGUCACGGCGCCUAUGGUAUAGUGUGCUCGGCCAAGUUCGGCUCACCCCAGGGCGACGGCAAUUACGUUGCCAUCAAGAAGGUCACCAACAUCUUUUCCAAGAAAAUCCUUUGCAAGCGUUCUCUUCGUGAGAUUAAGCUUUUGCAGUUCUUCCGUGGUCAUAAGAACAUCACUUGCUUGUAUGACUUGGACAUUGUCCCCCACCCUGCCACUGGCGACUUCAACGAGAUCUAUCUUUACGAGGAGUUGAUGGAAUGUGACAUGCACCAGAUCAUCCGCCUGGGCCAGCCGUUGACCGACUCUCAUUACCAGCUGUUCAUCUACCAAGUGCUCUGUGGCCUUAAAUACAUCCACAGUGCUGAUGUGUUGCACAGAGACUUGAAACCAGGUAACUUGUUGGUCAAUGCUGAUUGUGAGCUUAAGAUCUGUGAUUUCGGGCUUGCAAGAGGUUUCUCAGAGGAUAUUGAACAGAACUCACAGUUCAUGACUGAAUACGUGGCCACACGCUGGUACCGUGCGCCAGAGAUCAUGCUCUCCUUCUCCAACUACACCAAGGCUAUCGAUAUCUGGUCGGUGGGUUGUAUUCUUGGAGAGCUUUUGGGCGGCAAGCCGCUUUUCAGAGGAAAGGACUACGUCGACCAGUUGAAUCAAAUCUUGAUGAUCUUGGGUACUCCCAAGGAGGCCACCCUUACGAAGAUUGGCUCUGUCAGAGCUCAAAACUACGUUCGUUCCUUGCCCAUAAUGAGAAGGGUGCCAUUCACUGAACUAUUUCCUAAUGCUAAUCCAUUGGCUCUUGAUUUGUUGGAGAAGAUGCUUACGCUAGAUCCUCACCAGAGAAUCACUGUCGACGAGGCAUUGAAGCAUCCGUACAUGUCGGUUUGGCAUGACCCCAACGACGAGCCAGAGUGCAAGGUCAAGUUUGACUUUAAGACAUUCGAAACCGUGGAUGAUCUUGAUUCAAUGAAACAACUUAUCAUCGACGAGGUCCGCAACUUCAGAGAGUUUGUUAGGAAGCCUAUUCAUGAACAGCAUCAGAUACAACUUCAGAUGCAACAACAACAAUUGCUAAAAGAACAGCAACAAAACAAUAACCAACAUUCUGAAGGGAUCGAAGACACUGUUGAAGCAGUGAACGCUCAAAUGGAACUGUUCCCUGAUAUGUUUAACACGGACUACUCAAUGAACAGCGCAGGGGUUCUCACCUACCCUGAUCAAUUACAUAACGACGACAAUGGAAUGCAGUUUUACGACGCAGUUCCUAAGCCACAAGAACUUGAUCACUUUGCACAUGUGGAUGAGAAGAACGACAAUCCAGAGUUAUUUCAACUUGAAGAAGAACUAGGGUUUGGCUUGGAUCGUUCAACCACAUUCAACACCUAA